CGCGCCUCCGCUCGGCCUCCCUUCCUGCGCCGUCGAUACCUCUUGCCUGCCCAGGCCGCGCUCCGCUCGUCCGCUGCCAAGUCCGUGUCAGCAUCAUCUGCCGUGUACCAGCAAGCACAGAACUCGCCACUCACCAUAUCCCGCCCGCUGUCUCGACUCUAGUCGCAUCCGUCCUGUAUACUGACUCGUGAAAGGUACAAGACGGUCAGCUACGAGACAUCAGAGUGUCCGUUACGAUGCAGGCCCUGCUUGCACGCCCAAACCUGCUCUCCGGGGAGUGCCCUUUGCGCUAUUCCGACUUCAGCAUGUAUGCGCGCGCGAGUCGUCAACAGCGAAAGGACAUACUCGUCGCGAGCCGUUCCGUACGCUCGCCGAGCACCACAGUUGCUGCUGCUCGCCGUCAGGUGCGCAAUGGCCGCGGCGCAGGCUGUACACGCAGUCAGCGGACGGGUGGUCGCAGAAGCCACGACCAGGGACGUACCGGACGACACAGCGCAUUCAGCGUUCGACGAUACAAAGCCUGUCCGAGCGAAAGGCGAAGAGGGAGGGGAUGAGCCUGUCUUCGACGCCCCCCGCCAGCUUUUAACCGUCCCAUGACGCGCACAGACCUCCCCCUUGUCCUGGAAAUGCACGGUGCACGCCUGGGAGGUCGCUGUUCGGGUCGUGGCGCGCUCGCCAUCUCCGCCGCCGGCGCCCCGUCCACGCUCGGACGUCAAGACUGUCCGGGCCCCACGCACACCUGCCCCUGACGGUGCAUACCCCUCAGGACAGCGCACGUUCCGCGCCGAGCGAGCACCGACCGCCAGCGCAGACGGCCCGCUCCCCUGGCCGCCCCGCGAAUCGUCUACAAGACACCCCGCCGUUAGAAGGCUUACAGGUCGGUGCGGCACAGAUGGUCCUCUCCACGGGGACAGCACAAGCACGAGCACGGGGCGCAGAGCGCAGAGCGCAGUUCGUUGCGGCUAGCACGUUUGCAAAGUACGUACAGCCUGCUCGAUGUGCGCACUUCGAUCUGAUGCCCUCGUGCCUCGAAGCGAGCAUGGACGGCCUCACCUGUGGCCGUUCCCAUUUGCGUCCAAGACGCCGUCUUCGCGCAUGCCCGACGCACAGCGGGCAUGUCGUAUGGUCCGCGUGCCUCGCACCGUUGUGUACGCCGUGCCGCCGCAUGCGCCCCCGCCUCUGCACGCCGCCUCUCGUCGGCAGGGUCCCUCCUCUCUCGAGGUCGACUCCCGCCGCGACGUCUCCCCGUGCGGCUUCCUGAACGCGAUGGCGCACUCACGCGCACCACGACGCAUGUACACUACAGCACGCAGUGCCGUCCGCGCAAAUAUAUUGCGUCAUCUUCGCCCGUUGGAUGGAUGGAAGGAGGCAGAAUACGGCGCGUCCCCGCCCGCUGUUACGUCCCUCAGUGGCGUUCCUCGGUCCACGCGCAUGGGCAGACGUCUUCGGUGGCUCUCCGCCGUGCGCAGACGCGUGCGGGCAGUGCAUGGCGGCAUUUCAGCGGGCGGCGGGGCGGCGCCGACGCGCAACGUCCUCGAACUGUGAGCACGGGGGCACGUUGUGCGUGCUCGGGACGCCGCUCGAGGACGCCCCCAGCGUCCUCAGCAUUCGCGCAUCGUGCGCGGUCGUCCCGGGGACGGGGGCGCGCCGACAGAAUGCCACUCUCGCGCCUCGG